CCCCCCCCCCCCCCCCCCCCCCACCCCCCCCCCCCCCCCCCCCCCCCCCCCACCCCCCCCCCCCCCCCCCCCCCCCCCCCCCCCACCCCCCCCCCCCCCCCCCCCCCCCCCCCCCCCCCCCCAUUCCCCCCCCCCCCCCCCCCCCCCCCCAAAAAAUCCCCCCCCCCCCCCCCCCCCCCCCCCCCACCCCCCGCCCCCCCCCCCCCCCCCCCCCCCCCCCCCCCCCCCCCACCCCCCCCCCCCCCCCCCCCCCCCCCCCCCCCCCCCCCCCCCCCCCCCCCCCCCCCCCCCCCCCCCCCCCCCCCCCCCCCCCCCCCCCCCCCCCCCCCCCCCCCCCCCCCCCCCCCCCCCCCCCCCCCCCCCCCCCCCCCCCCCCCCCCCCCCCCCCCCCCCCCCCCCCCCCCCCAGCCCCCCCCCCCCCCCCCCCCCCCCCCCCCCCCCCCCCCCACCCCCCCCCCCCCCCCCCCCCCCACCCCCCCCCCCCUUCCCCCCCCCCCCCCCCCCCCCCCCCCCCCCCCCCCCCCCCCCCCCCACCCCCCCCCCCCCCCCCCCCCCCCCCCCCCCCCCCCCCCACCCCACCCCCACCCACCCCCCCCCCCCCCCCCCCCCCCCCCCCCCCCCCACCCCCCCCCCCCCCCCCCCCCCCCCCCCCACCCCCCCCCCCCCCCCCCCCCCCCACCCCCCCCCCCCCCCCCCCCCCCCCCCCCCCCCCCCCCCCCCCCCCCCCCCCCCCCCCCCCCACCCCCCCCCCCCCCCCCCCCCCCCCCCCCCCCCCCCACCCCCCCCCCCCCCCCCCCCCCCCCCCCCCCCCCCCCCCCCCCCCCCCCCCCCCCCCCCCCCCCCGCCCCCCCCCCCCCCCCCCCCCCCCCCCCCCCCCCCCCCCCCCCCCCCCCCCCCCCCCCCCCCCCCCCACCCCCCCCCCCCCCCCCCCCCCCCCCCCCCCCCCCCCCCCCCCCCCCCCCCCCCCCCCCCCCCCCCCCCCCCCCCCCCCCCCCCCCCCCCCCCCCCCCCCCCCCCCCCCCCCCCCCCCCCCCCCCCCCCCCCCCCCCCCCCCCCCCCCCCCCCCCCCCCCCCCCACCCCCCCCCCCCCCCCCCCCCCCCCCCCCCCCCCCCCCCCCCCCCCCCCCCCCCCCCCCCCCCCCCCCCCCCCCCCCCCCCCCCCCCCCCCCCCCCCCCCCCCCCCCCCCCCCCCCCCCCCCCCCCCCCCCCCCCCCCCCCCCCCCCCGCCCGGGCCGCCCCCCCCCUGCCCCCCCACCGACGCGCGCGCGCCCCCCCCCCCCCCCCCCCCCCCCCCCCCCCCCCCCCACCCCCCCCCCCCCCCCUCCCCCCCCCCCCCCCCCCCCCCCCCCCCCCCCCCCCCCCCCCCCCCCCCCCCCCCCCCCCCCCCCCCCCCCCCCCCCCCCCCCCCCCCCCCCCCCCACCCCCCCCCCCCCCCCCCCCCCCCCCCCCCCCCCCCCCCCCCCCCCCCCCCCCCCCCCCCCCCCCCCCCCCCCCCCCCCCCCCCACCCUCCGCGCCCCCCCCCC